GCCCAACGUGACACACCAACAGCGUGGUGCUUGGCUUGGAACUUGCAAACUUCCUGUGGAUCGCAUGGAGAGGUACACGACGGAAACGGUGCUGGCGAAGGCACUGUAUGGUGAUGUCGUGCUCGCAGUGGACACGUUGACAGGCUCCAAGGUCGCGAUCAAGCGCAUGCACCUCGACGCAGCGACAAUGCGAACAUCCAUCCAAGGAAUCCCGAUCGCGGAAGACAUUGUGAUGGAGAAACAAGUGAACCGCGCCGUGAGCGGCGGAAGCGAUGGAUGCCAUCCAUACAUUAUGCGAAUGCUUCGCGACUUUGAAGAAGACGGAAUGGGCCACUUCGUCUUUGAGUUCUGUGCAGGCGGCGAACUCUUCGAACAGACUCUUCCCAUGGAUACGAUGGCGGUGGCGCGCAUUUUCCGUCAGGUCGUACACGCCGUCAAGUUUCUCCAUGAUCGCGGCUAUGUCCACCGUGAUAUUUCCCUGGAAAACGUCCUCCUCGACGCAAAUGGCAACGCCAAGUUGUGCGACUUCGGCCUCGCUACGACGAUCGACGAGCGAUCCAACCACAUUGUGGGCAAAGCUUUCUACAUGGCACCAGAAAUGUACCUGCGUCAAGGGUAUAUGCCGGCGCCGGUGGAUGUGUGGGCGCUGGGCAUCAUGCUCCUGAUCCUGUUGACGGGCGCCCCGCCAUUUGCGCGCGCCAACGACUCGGACAACGUAUUUCAGUACGUGAAACAGCACGGGAUCACGUCCGUGCUUCGCGCAUGGAAGGUCCUCCACUUGGUCCCGCUACCGGCGCUUGACCUGCUCGAAAAGAUGUUGGUCGUGGACCCAACCAAGCGGCUGUCGAUGGACGGCCUGUUGCACCAUCCGUUCCUGCGGGAGAACCUGCAUCUCGUGUCCAUGCGCGGUCGUAAGCGCAUGAUUGUGCGCAAGUGGCUUGCCAAGAUGCGUCGCCGCCUCCAUCACAUGCUUCGCAGCGUCCUGCCGUCCAUGAAGAACUCGCCGGGGGUCGUUGGGAUCUGACCACCGACGCCAUUACCCAAAAAUUAGACAAAUUGUAGACCGAAAUGAAAUAUCAAAAUAUACAUUUAACUAUAUAUAUAUAAAGGCAUCUCUCGU